CGCUACUUUAAUCACACUGACUCAACUGCUUAUAUAUUAAUAACAAACACUUAAAAAUUUGGAUUUGUCCCAAGAUAUUUCUAAAAAGAUCCUCUAUACCCAGAACUUUUUUCCAGACCUUUCAGGCUGGGGUGAGGUAUCACUCCAUUUCAAAUAUAAAAUGAAACAGAGAGAAAAUGAAGCCAAAAGUGAUAUUGCCCUGGGAGUUCUGGGAAGCCUCGCUGCUUUGUACUCCCUGGUUAAGACUGCCGGAUGGAAAAGACGAGAAGGAUCUCCUGGGAUUGACCUGCAGACUAUUGUAAAAUUUUUGCUCUUCUAUGCUGGAGAUUUAGCAAAUGUUCUUUUUGCUGUGACUGUUGGAAUUGGAGUUUAUUGGCUUAUUUUUUUCAAAGCCCCAUCAACUAUUACCAUUCGUUUACCUACUCCUGAGAAAGAAUAUAAUUUUAUUACAUAUGUUUCAUGUGCCUUUGCACUAAAGGUAAUCCAUUUUCUGCACAAACUUGCAUCACAGUUAUCCAUAGAUAUUUUUUUUAUUGACUGGGAAAGGCCCAGAGGAAGAGGCUAUAGAUCUUUACAAGGUGGAACUGAACCUAAAAGUACAAUGUCCCCUGUAAGCAUUUGGAGAACCUACUUUGUUGCAAAUGAGUGGAAUGAAAUCCAGACCUUACGGAAGACAUGUCCAGCGUUUCAGAUCAUGGCAGUGCUUUUUUUUCUAGAAGUGGUUCAUUUUGAAGAUUUGGCCACAGUUAAUGCAUCUCAUGUUCCUAUUGUGAAACGAGAAAUUCCAUGGCAUCAGAUUCUCCGAUACAGUAUUGCCUGCACGACAUGGCUAACUAUUGGUUGUUUACAGAUAUUCUUUUUUGCCUCACUCUAUGAAAGAUUUGUUGAGGAUAAAAUAAAACAGUUUGUGGACCUGUGCUCUGUGAGCAAUAUAUCCGUGUUAAUUUUAUCCAGCCGAUGCUUUGGAUAUUAUAUUCAUGGGCGAUCAGUACAUGGCUAUGCAGACACCAACAUGGAAGAAAUGAGCUUAAACCUGAAAAGAGAGGCGGAAAAUCUUUGUGGCCAGAGAGGACUGCUACCAAACACUGAUAUUCAGACUUUCCAGAUUUUGAUAACAAAUAAAAUGAGGCAGCAAUAUGAUAGAAUACAUGAACCACUGAUUAAAAAGAAAGUACCAUCUCACUUACUGGAUUCAUCAGUCAAUCCAGUUGAGCAAAGCAUCAACGCCUAUCACACUAUGAACAAGUUUCUGAGUGCCUUCAUUGACCAUGCUAAUCGAGAAACAGAUUACAUUAUAAAGGACAAACUGUUGGUGGAAAAAAUCAUUAGCAUGGAGUUUCUGGAGCCAAUGGAAAAAAGCAUCUUUUAUAAUGAUGAUUCUUACUCCUUUACUGACGUGCUGUACUAUGGCAAUGAAGCUUCGCUACUUAUAUUUGACACACUGUUUUUCUGCAUUGUGGAUAUUGCCAGUGAAAGUUAUGUUUUGGCUGCAGUUCUAACCUACUUCCAGCAAAGGCUCUUUGAGAUGAUUCGCAGCGUCACUGGAAGAAAAAACUUGGUUGCAAAAACCAUGGUGGAUGAUAGAUUCCUGCUAUAACUCUUCUAAAAAUUCUACAUACAGCUGCAACAGCAUUUGCUUCUGCUGUUAUUUAGUUGGGCUUGUUUUUGAGGGGAACAUUGUCUUAAUAUUUUAAACUAUAUUAAAAGAAUAGUAAACUAUUAAACAGAUGGGGUUAAAUUACAUAGAAGAAUAAAUAAUAAUAAGCU